AUGGCAAGUGAAGCUUUCACUGGAGAUGGAUUUAAGAAUUGGAAGAAAGGGAGAGAAAGGUUUAAGAUACAUGUUGGACCAGUUGGGAGUGUUCAUAAUAAAGCUAGAGAAGCUGCUACAAAUUUGAUGAAUCAAAAUACACAUAUUGAAACGGCAGUGAGGAAACACCCCAACCAAGCUCGUCUUGCUUUUCGUGGCCAUGAUGAAAGUGCCACUUCAAGCAAUAAGGAAAAUUACUUGGAGCUAUUGCAAUUCCUUACAGAUAAUGAUGAUAAAGUUAGAGAAGUUGUGAUGGAAAAUGCUCCGAGGAAUCUCAAAUUACUACCUACUUGCAUUCAAAAAGAAAUUGUGAAUUCAUGUGCCCUUGAAACACUUGAUGCUAUCAUGGAUGGUCUAAAAGAUAUAUUCUUUUCAAUAUUGGUGGAUGAAGCACGUGAUGUGUCAGUGAAAGAGCAAAUGGCUAUGGUGUUGCGUUAUGUGGAUGACAAAGGCAUGUAA